AACAUUCGAGAAGAUAAAUAUGAAGUCCUAGCUGAAUGUAUAUCAUGUCUGAUAACAUCCAGAUUACCUUUAGAUGACAACAAAGUAUGACUUCGCCUAGUUUAUGUAGGUUAAGAAAUUUUUUGAUAAGAGUGAAUACCAGUAUAUCGAGUAGUUGUCACCAAAACACAAGGAAAAUGAGCAGUGUAAAGCCGUCAGUCUAUGUGACUCGCAGAGUUCCAUUACCAGGCAAGGAAAUAUUAGCAUCAGAGUGUAAUGUAACACAAUGGGAUCAAGACGACCCAGUACCAAGAGACGAACUGUUACGGCAAGUGAAAGGAAAAGAUGGUAUAUUUUGUCUUCUCACCGAGAAAAUAGAUGAAGAAUUAAUUUUAGCUGCAGGACCACAGUUAAAGGUUGUUGGUACAAUGUCAGUAGGAUAUGAUCAUGUUGAUUUAGCAGCUUGCAAAAAACACAAUAUUAAAGUAGGAUUUACACCGGGUGUGUUAACUAAUGCUGUCGCAGAAUUAACUGUUGCUCUUCUACUUACAACUAGCAGACGACUCAAAGAAGCAAUGGCUGAAGUGGUAAAUGGUGGCUGGGGUACAUGGAAACCAUUGUGGCUAUGUGGUCAGGGACUUGAUGGAGCUACAGUUGGAAUUGUAGGAUUAGGUAGGAUUGGAUUAACAGUUGGAAAAUGCCUCAAACCUUUUGCUGUCCAAAAAUUUCUUUAUAGUGAUGCAUUUGAAAAUCCAGGUGCAGCAGAAAUUGGUGCCCAAAGGGUACCACUGGAUGAGCUUCUAGCUAAUUCUGAUUUUGUUUUAGCAUGUUGUGCUCUGACUCCAGAAACAAAAGAAAUGUUUAAUAAAGAUGUCUUUAAAAAGAUGAAAAAAAAUGCCAUAUUUAUUAACACCAGUCGGGGUGGAGUUGUUCAACAAGAUGAUUUAUAUGAUGCAUUGAAAUCUGGUGAAAUUGGUGCUGCAGGGUUAGAUGUGACAGUACCUGAGCCACUGCCCACCAAUAGUCCAUUACUGACACUAAAUAACUGUGUAAUUUUACCUCACAUUGCUAGUGCUACAGAUAAAUCCAGAAGUUCUAUGUCAGAAUUAACAGCAAAAAAUAUUCUAGCUGCUUUAAAUGGUGAAAAGAUGCCAACCGAAGUUCAAAUUAAUUGAAUAAAAAGUUUUCCCUUUAUAAUUAUUUACUGGUUUAAUGAUAUAUUCGAUGAGUAUGCUAUAGCAUUUAGAGUAGACCUAUUUUAUUUGUAAAUCAUAAACAUUGCUCUAGACUUAUACUCAACAAUUAGUGAUAAAUCAUUAAUUGAAUAGAUUAAACAGUUUUUCAGUGAU